CACGUGACCAAACAAGGAAGUGAAGUUGAACAUGUCCGCGCAUUAGUAACUUCAUUGUGUGUGUGUGUUUGUUUGUUUUAAUCCUGCCGGUCUGCAAACAUGACAGACAUCUUGUCGAGAAUAAAAAACACCGUGGCGGAGAAAAAGAAGACGCCUGUGAGCCAGAGCGACUUACAGAAGUUUGGUUUAACAGGGAUACGGCUCAGACCUUACCAGCUGGACGGUGUGCGGUGGUUAACUCAGAGCCUGAAGAGCCAGCAGGGAUGUAUUUUAGGAGAUGAGAUGGGUUUGGGUAAAACCUGCCAGACGAUCUCUCUGCUGGUGUACGCGUCAGGAGCUCUCGGGAAGAAAGGUCCGUUCUUGGUGCUGAGUCCGCUCUCUGUCAUGGAGAACUGGAGGACGGAGUUGGAAGGCUUUGCGCCGUCUCUGACUGUGCUCUGUUACAAGGGAGACAAAGAGAGACGAGCCGAGCUUCAGAGAGAAGCAGACACUCAGGACUUUGAUGUUCUGCUCACUACGUACGAGCUGUGUCUCAAAGAUGCUUCAUUCUUGAGACGGUGGAAAUGGACCGUCCUUGUGGUCGACGAAGCUCACAGGCUGAAGAAUCAAAACUCACUUUUGCACAAAACCUUGACUCAGUUCUCAGUCGGCUUCAGAGUCCUGCUGACGGGGACUCCCAUCCAGAACAACCUGCAGGAGCUCUACUCCCUGCUGAGCUUCAUCCAGCCCAGCAUCUUUACCGCUGAUGAGUCGGACGACUUCGUCAACUCUUACUCCAAUGUGCAAAAUCAACCUGCUCUUGCUGCUGAGCUGCAGAGAGUCCUGGAGCCUUUCCUGCUUCGCAGAGUCAAGUCCGAAGUGGCUGUAGAUCUGCCGAAGAAGACGGAGCUGGUGAUGUACCACGGCAUGUCGGCUCUGCAGAAAAAAUACUACAAAGCGCUCCUGAUGAAGGAUCUGGAGGUUUUUGGAAACGAGCAGGGCAACAGGAACCGACUGAUGAACAUCUUGAUGAACCUGAGAAAGUGUGUUGACCACCCUUACCUGUUUGAUGGUGUGGAGCCGGAGCCUUUUGAGAUGGGGGAGCAUCUCAUUGAAGCCAGCGGUAAACUUUGUCUUCUGGACAACAUGCUGACUUACCUCCACAAAGGGGGUCACCGGAUCCUGCUGUUCUCUCAGAUGACGAGGAUGCUGGACAUACUUCAGGAUUACAUGGAGUACAGAGGUUAUAGCUACGAACGUCUGGAUGGAUCCGUCCGAGGGGAGGAAAGAAAUCUAGCGGUGAAGAACUUCAGCAGCAAACAGAUCUUUGUGUUUCUGCUCAGCACUAAAGCAGGUGGAGUGGGCUUGAACCUUACAGCUGCUGACACAGUCAUCUUCGUGGACAGUGACUUCAACCCUCAGAAUGACCUGCAGGCUGCUGCACGCUGCCACCGGAUUGGCCAGGACAGGCCUGUGAAAGUGGUCCGCCUUCUGGCAAGAGACACCGUGGAGGAGAUAAUGUACUCGCGUGCCGUGUCCAAGUUGCACCUCACCAACACCGUCAUAGAAGAAGGACGCUUCUCUUUACUGGAUCAAGCUCAGUCAGCUGCUGCAGGACUGCAGCUAAGCGAGAUCUUGAAGUUUGGCGUAGAUAAGCUCCUGUCAUCAGAGGAGAGCUCGGUACAGGAUGUGAAACUGGAGAAGAUCCUCGGUCCGUCACAUGACGGUCAGUGGGUGGACAACGAAGACUUCGCCUCGCUCAGGGAGGAAAAAGAGGAAGACGAGAGCAGCUCUGAAUGUGACGGGCUGAACCACAUGUACUACUUUGAGGGGAGAGACUACAGCAAGGACCCGAGCUCUGACGACCAGAAGAGCUUUGACCGUCUGCUGGAGGAGCAGCUGGACGAGUUCCAGCGAGCUUCAGGAGAGGGACGAGCUCUACGACACAAAGCCGGAGUUUCUCUGUCAGUCGCACUCGGGAUUCCCACGAGGAAGAGGAAACCUCUCACCGAGGCCGAGCUGGAGCUGAGGCGCCAGAAAAGGGAAGAGGCUGCAGCCAAGAGAGCCAAACUUCAGGAGGACGUGAAAAAGAAGCAACAGGAGCAGAAACACAAGAAAAAGAUGGCGUGGUGGGAGUCAUGCAGCUACAGAUCACGGUGCCUGCCGUCUGUGGACAGUGAAGAAGAAGAGGAGGAGGAGGAGGAGGUGGAGGAGGUGGAGGAGGAUGACAGCACCAUGUGCUCCUCAGACUCUGACAGCAGGGCUAUCAACUAUGUUCUGGGGGAUGUUACUCAUCCCCACACCGCUCAGGGAGAUGCUAUCAUCGUCCACUGUGUUGAUGAUUCAGGCCGGUGGGGCAGGGGAGGCUUGUUCACAGCUCUAGAGGUCAGAUCAGAUGAACCACGGAAGCAGUAUGAGUUGGCUGGCAAGAUGAAAGAUUUGGAGCUCGGAAAUGUGCAGCUCUUCCCCAUCGAUGACAAACAGUCCAGAUUGGACGGGCGGGAUCAGUUGGCCCUGAUAGUGGCACAGCAAAGAGACAAAGGCGGCAACUUGUCUGGGAUCCGUCUAACCGCUCUGGAAGAAGGGCUUAAGAAGAUUUAUGCUGCAGCCAAAAAAAACAAGGCAAGUGUACAUCUUCCUCGCAUCGGACACUCCACCAAAGGCUUCAACUGGUACGGCACAGAGAGGCUCAUCAGGAAACACCUGGCCUCCAGAGGCAUCCCUACCUUCAUAUAUUAUCACAGCAGAACAGCAAAGAACACAGCUCCACCUCAGACAUCCACAUCCUCCCCUACACCACCACCAAAGUCAGACAGGUCGGCGCACAGGACUGAAGCAGAAACCCCCGGCACCUCGACCUCUCACGAGAGCUUCAGCCCCGCGGAGCUCCCCAGCUUCAUGAGCGGAGUCCGUGUGUUUUUCUACAACCUGCCUGCAUCAGAGAGGAAGAGGCUGGCACGCUACCUUAUCACGUAUGAUGGAGAUGAGGAGGAGAUCAUGAGCCCGGAGGUCACCCACAUAGUUGCAGAGGUGGAGAACAGCAUCCACUCACAGGAGCUCCAGGAUCUGGUGGGUCAGUACCCGCAGGCUGUCCCCGUGCAGAAGGACUGGCUCGAGUCCAGCUUCUCCAAACAACGCAAAGUCAACACGACGCCGUUCAUCUUACAUCCGCUCUGAGAUCUCUGUUUUCUUUCACCUCUUUUUUUUUUUUAUGAAUGAUCACGUUGAAUGAAGCAUCAAUGAAUCCACUAAAUGUCAGAUCAUUUAUUUAAAGGUUAUGGAGCCCGUAAAGGGUGCUGAAGAGAUUCCUCCCUGCACAUGCGGAUCAUUUUAUGACAUUCUUUGAAAAAUAAUUAAAUGUUUCUAUGAAUAUUCAGCCGAUGGCGUUUUCAGAUGAGUCACAUGAGUCACGGUGGUUUUGGGUUCGGUUUCAGUGAAUGACUGAUGAUGAUGAGUUGCACAAGAUCAUUUACUAUAAAUUCAUCUCACGCAUAUCUAACACCAGCCACCUUUUUAUUAAUGGAGAUAACUCUGCUAAUGAAGUUUGAUUGCCACCUGUGAAUCACAUCACAAGACGAAGAAGUGUUUGAUGGAGUUUUGAAUAAUCAGCCAGGCAGCUGGUUUUUAAUGAGAACUAUAAAACCAUAAAAGUGCAGCAGGUCACUACGCUUUAAAUGAUUGUAUGCGCUGUAAUAUAACAAAAAAAAAA